AUGAAGAUGCUGCGAUGGAUGUGCGGCGUUACGCGCGCUGACCGCAUCCGUAACGAGUACAUCCGUGGCAGCCUCGCAGUCCGUGACGUAGCAGAGAAGCUCCAAGAAUGUCGCCUCCGGUGGUUCGGCCACGUUUGUCGCAGCCCAGCUGACUACGUAGGAAACAUAUGCCUUAACCUAACCCUUGACGGUCCCCGACCCCAAGGCAGACCAAAAAAGCGAUGGCUCGAUGUUGUGAAAGCAGAUAUGAGCGUGAACGUGCUCACACGAGACGACGCACAGGAUCGCACAAAGUGGAGGAAAGCAAGAUGGGGCGAGUCGCUGCUGUCUCUGCCGAAGCGAUGGCUCAGCCAGCAGGGAGACGAGGACGAAUACGAAGUAAGAAGCGGAAGCUAA